UCAACCUCUACCACUGUCUACACAUCGUUCCUCAGCAGACAACCGACACCAUGAGGGGUAUAUUCGCACGAAUAUUCGCACGAAUACUCGGCAUCUCUGAGCCUGUCGCCUACGAGUAUGAGCCGCUCCCAUCCAGUGAGCACUUCCGCUAUCUCAUCCUCAACCCGGGGAUUGGCGACGAGCCGCUGGUCUGUUCUCUCGACACCACGCCUUUGGCAGGAAAGCUGUUUUACGAGAUCAUCUCUGACUACUGGGCAUCUCCGGAGAAAGACCGAACUAUUAGGUGUAACAAAAGGUCUUUGACCAUCACGUCAAGUCUGCACGAAGCGUUGCGCGCGCUGCGCUACGCUGAAUGUUUAAGGGAGCUCUGGGUUGCUGAGAUGUGCAUCAACCAGGACGAUAUCGAAGAGCGACUAAAGCAGAUUGAUCUUAGGCUGCGGAUACAUCAGAAGGCGCACCGUGUGCUUUAUUAUACGGGACCUGGUUCUCUCGACGGCCAGAGAUGAGGUGGCUAUUGUUGAGAGGAUCGAGGCGCCAUUGCAAAGGAUUCCGCAAGCGUAGACAGCGUUUUUUUUGGAGAGUUGAAGUAAAGUGUGUGC